UAACCUUUAGGUGGCGUGGGACUGCGGCCGCCAGCAGAAAGUUCUGUAUUUUCCAGAAAGUUUCAGAAAUUUACUUGGAAACUAUAUGAGUUUUCGGGUAGCUGAUAUCGGUCCUUGUAGACACCUGCGAGGUCCAGUUUCUAAGCUAUAAUUAUAGAGGAAAACUAUUGAUUUGACAGUUUGGUGGUCAGAGCGACAGAUCUACGACAAAAGUUCAAGUUGGCAAACGUCUAGCAUCUUUUACGUAGACACGUCUCAGUCUCAGAGAGACUGUAACGAUGGCAGACGGUGGAGAUCCGGGCUCUGGAGGUUCAGAUGACCGCAAUGUGCCCCGUAACCCCAACCUAGAGGGUGUGCUGAGAUAUGCCAUAGAAAACACACCUGAGAAUGCAGGUGACACACCUGUAUCACCUGGACCCAUGGAUGUAAAUAGAAGACAGUGGCUGGGAGCAGCUCUGCAUCAGUUUGCACAAACAGCCCAGGAUGAUGUGGAGCAGAUGAAAACAUGUCUGCAGACAUUGGCAGAGGGGGGUGAGGACCACAUAGAGGAGAAGGAGACAGCUAUGGAGGAGUUGAUGGAUCUCUGCUGUAGUAUUGAUAAUGCACAAGACCUGCACAAGAUGGGCGGCCUAGUGCUGGUCAUAAGCUACCUGAAACACCGGAACAGUGGGCUGCGGUGGAGAGCAGGUGAUGUCAUCGCCACGGUAACACAGAACAACCCCUUCUGUCAGGCUGCAGCCCUGGAACUGGCUGCCCUGCCAACAUUGCUGGAACUGGUCGACACAGAUCCAGAUUCUAACGUCAGGGUCAAGGCACUCUAUGCUAUAUCACGUCUGACUGGCAGUUGUGAGGAGGCCCAGCAGAGGCUGGUUGAACAUGAUGGCUUCUCUGUCCUGAUGAGGGCCAUGCAGAGUGAUACCGAGAAACUCAAGGUCAAGGCAGCCUUCCUACUGAGGAAUCUGUGCCUCAGCAACCCACAACACAAAGAUACCCUGUGUAACAUGGGCAUGGUGACUCAGCUGGCCUCCAUGCUACAGACGGAGCACAACACCUUCCACGAACACCUGAUGGGUGCACUUGUUGCCCUGGUGACAGGGAACAGACAGGCUGUGAAGGACUGCAGACAGCCACAGCUGCGGCUGAAGCAGGUGCUGACAGAUAGGAUAGAGCACCUGAAGGGGAGAGAGGAAUUUCAGGAGGAGAUGGAGUAUUGCCAACAGCUCCUACACAUCUGCUUCAGUCAACAUGAUGACACCUUGGCAGCAGCUGACAGAUGAUGGAGAUUGAUUGACAUUAGAACACUGAUGUACACAAUGACCACAGCAUUUCUAAAAUGGGGAGUAUGCAGCCCCACCUCUUGUCAAAGGGACAGAAAAAAUCCUCACAUCCAAAAUGUGAGCUAUUUCACCAGAAAGUUGUUAGCUAGUGGGAUAUGUUUAUUUCUGUGGACUUAAUUAUGAACCAUGUAUUUGUACCUGCUUGGUGGUACAUGUAUGUGUUUUGGGAGAUUGUUGAGUGAUGUACAUGUAGCUAGAUGUGCAGAGGUUAUGACAGGUCAUAAAAGCCAGCUGCUGUCAGGCUGUUUUAUGGACAAAUGAGAUGCACAUUGUAUUCAGGAGCUAACUAAGGGAAACAGCAUGUGCUAUAGAGCCAAAUAUUAGGGAAAUACAGGACAUUCAGUAAUACUUAAGAAAUCUUUUAUCUUGUUUUCUUCACCAUACUAUUGUUAUUACUGACCAAAGGGGGGCAUACACAAACAUACCGGUACUAGCAAAUAUCUUCUGGAAGAAUCCACAACAGUACCAACAUUUUACUUAGUAAGACAUAACUUUACAUCACAAGGGCAGUGUGUGAUGUGACACCAUAUUGUGAUAAGAUGAUUCGUUGGAAACCUUUGUGUUUCAGUGUAAAGUACACAUUGCUUUCUGAUAUUAGGUCUAGAAGCUACAUGAGCUGAGAGAAGUAAGACAAAAGGUUGUUUCUCCAAUGUCUUUGACAUGGCUGUCACACUUAGGUGUAUAUCUGUAGAAUAAACUAAACUUGAUACUCUC